AUGAAACUUUUCCAUCCUGUCAAACCAAUGCUUGCUCGUCCAAGUAAGACUUAUGAUGAUGUUAUUGCUCGUUGUCCAAAUGGUUUUUAUUCUGAACUUAAAUAUGAUGGUGAAAGAAUUCAAAUUCACUAUGAUAGAAAAAAUGAUGAAAUCAAAUAUUUUAGUAGAAAUUUGAAAGAUGUUCAAGAGUAUAAGAUCAAAUCUGUAAAAAAGUAUAUUUCUAAAGCUAUUAAGGAAAAGGUUGAAUCUGUAAUUUUAGAUGGUGAAAUUUUAAUGAUGGAUACAAAGACAAAUAAGAUUCUUCCAUUUGGUACACUUGGUAAAAAUGUUAGACAAGAUCACAAAGAUGCUGUAACAACUAUAUUUUUAUUUGAUAUAUUGUAUUAUAAUGGUAAAUCACUCCUUUCAGUUCCUUUAUAUAAGAGAAAGGCAUUAAUGACUAAAAUUGUAAAUCCAAUCAAACAUAGAGUAAUGUUAGGUGAAUAUUUGGUUGUAAAGGGUUCAAAACAAACAAGAGAAGCUAUUGUUUCUGCUGAAAUGAGUGCAAUGAUUAAGAAGGGUGAAGAAGGUUUAGUGUUAAAAGAUUUAUGUUCUCCAUAUGAACCUAAUGCUAGACAUUGGCUUAAAAUGAAAAAAGAUUACUUGAAAGGUAUGGCAGAUAGUGUAGAUCUUGUUGUUCUAGGAGCUUAUCUUGGUACAGGUAGUAAAGGUGGUUUAAUGUCUGUAUUCAUGAUGGGUUCUUUUGACAAGAAAUUAGGAAAGUGGAGAAUUAUUUGUAAAUGUGGUAACGGACACGAUGAUCAAACUAUUGAAACAUUGAAUGAAGAAUUGAAAUCAAAUAUGAAAAGAAUCAGUAAGGAUCCUUCAUUGGUUCCAGAUGAUAUUGAUAUUCAUACUAAUGCUCUUGUACCUGAUUUUAUUGUUAAAGAUCCAAAAAAGAGUGUUGUUUGGGAAAUUCAAGGAGCUGAAUUUUCAGUUUCCUCAAGAAAAGACAGACCAAUUUCUGUCAGAUUCCCUAGAGUUACAAAAAUUAGAGAUGAUAAGGAUGUUUUAGAUCAUACCAAUUAUCAAGAAAUUAUCAAAUUGAAAAAUGAAAGUAAUAGAAAAGGUUUAGUACCUAUUUUUGGAGAUGGAGAUGCAGGAGAUGAUUCUGAUGAAAGUGUAGAUGUAAAAGAUAAAAAGAAACGUUCCAGAGCUAAAAAGUCAAAAUCUGAUGAUGAAGAUGAUGAAUCAGAUUCAAGCUCAAAGAAAAAGAAAAAUUCAAGAAAGAAGAAGAUAAAUUCCUCAGAUGAUGAAGAUGAUGAGGAUGAUAAAAAGUCAGCUAAAAAGCCUAAUGAUAAGAAAAAAUCAAAAUCCUCAGAUAAUUCUGAUGAUGAUGAUGAUCCAAAAGCAAAGAAAGCUAAAAAGUCAACUAUUGGUAUCAAAUUAUCUGAUAUUGAUACUAUUAAUAACUCUUCUACUCCAGAACAAAUCUAUUACAUUUAUGGUGAUUUUAUGAAAAUGCCAAUGAAUAAGGAAGAAAAACUAAUUUCACAUUGUGUAGAUGACUCUAGUAGAUGGUCAGAUAAAGGAUCAAUGGGAAAUAUUGAACUCUUGUAUGGUGAAGAUAUUAAGAAGGCUUACACUGAUGAUAUGAACAUAAUUGGUGAUGCUCAAAUUGUUGUAGCAUUACCAAAUCAUUUAUGUAAUAUGGUAUGUCUUCAAUUUGUCAAGAAAGGAUCUGCACCAAAAGUUGACUAUCAUGCUUUGGAUGAAUGUUUAAAGAAAUGUGCUACCUACAUGAAUCAAAAAAAGAUUGGUACAUUCCAUUUAUAUAGAUUGCAUCACGCCAUUUCUGGUUUGGAUUGGAAUAGAGUUGAACAACUUUUGAAGGAAAAUCUUUCAAACAAGGGAUUUGCUGUUUUCAUCUAUACAAAGGAUAGAGAUGAUAAGGAUAGAGUUAAUGAAUCAAAAAAUAAGUUGGCUAAUAGACCUACAACUGAUAACUCGGCUGCUGCCUCAGAUUCAUCUCAUAAGAUGGAUACAUCUGAUGAUAAUGCUCCAACAACAUCAACAAAUAAGAUGACCAAAUCAUCUUCACAAACAUCAAUCAAAGUUGAAGAGCAAGAUAGUUCCAGCAAUAACACUUUUUUCAGAAAUGUUGUUGCUUUAAUUUCUGGUUACAGCAAUUCUGAGAAGGAGGCAAUUAGCAAGUUUAUCACCAACAAUGGAGGAAGUGUAACAAAUAAUUGGAACAUUAUUGGAAAUGCAAAUACUCACCUCAUUUGUGAAUCAGAAACUGAAGAUUUUAAACAUUGUUUCAAUCUUGGAUCUCUCAUUGUUACCAAAUAUUGGGUCUUUGAAUGUGCCACCAAAGGAUAUUUGGUUGAUACAUUACCAUAUCAUUAUCCUACCAAGAAGGCUCAACUUGUUAAACCAACAAUAGUGAAAGCAGAAAGCUCCUCUCUCACUGCACCACCAGAACUUACUUCAUUGUGUGAUUUAUUCACUGAUAUGGUCAUGUACAUUCAUAAGGAUGUUCCUGCUCUCAAGAUGCACACUAGAUAUAUUAUUGCAUUUGAUGGAAUUGUAGAAUCAUCAUUUAGUGAUGAUAUCACUCAUAUUAUCACAUCAUCAUCGAGAAUUACACCAGAGAUUGCCAAACUUGUUUCAGAAAAUCCACAAGUCAAUGUAGUUUCUUCUGAGUGGAUCUGGCAUUCAAUCAACACAAGUACUUUAAUCGAUUGGAGACUCUACCAAAUUAAGUAA